GACUAGUGGAUGUCAGUGAAUGCUCUUAGAUAUGCAAGUUAUUGCUAAAACUUGUAGACACAAGAAUGAAGAUUGAAGACACUGCAUCUCUAGUGGAGUGGAGUGUGUGUUGAGAAAUAUGCCUGAUCCAGAUGUUGCCAGAGAAAGCAUAUGGAUUCCUUUCAUGCGUGAUGAGAUGCAUUGUGAUGAACAAACACUUAUUAUAGGUGAUUGCUCUGGGGCCGAGGCAACAAUGAGGUAUGUUGAAUCCUACAAAGUGCACAGCAUCAUCUUGGUAUCACCCUGUGUAACAGAUCUCGGAGAAGAAAAUGAAAAGCUAAGCGGCUAUUAUGACCGCCCAUGGGAAUGGGCCAAGAUGAGAUCCAACACCCAGUCCAUCACUGUCUUUGGCUCCACCGAUGACCCUUACAUCAAAUGGGCCGAGAUGCAAGAGGUGGUGGACAACCUCAACCCUGAGCUCCACAAAUUCCACGACCAGGGUCACUUUGAGGUGCAGACUUUCCCUGAACUGAUUCCAGUGGUCAAACGGCGGUUGAAUAGUACUUGAGCUGUAGGCAGGUGUGGUCAAAAUAAGAGGAUAACUAGCAUGAGCAAUGUAUGAAUGACAUUGUACCCCCUCCCCCCAUGCUCAGAGGCGCAUUGACGUGACUUUUUGCCCUAUGCAUACUCAUACCUUGGGUUACAUUUUAGAUGACAGAAGUGAUCUAGUGAAAUGUCCCUGUACACAGCUCAAGAGGAUUUGAUGAAUGCAGCACUGGGCUUGACGUUUGUUUGGAGGAAACUGUACUUUUGGGUCAGUGAAGUUCAAGGAACACAUUCUAAGGUUUUUUAUUUUAAUGCUGUGCCAAAGGUUCACAAAAAGUCAGUGCACUUGAGGUGGAAUCCCUGGAUCCUUCUUGCGUCAGAUUUUGUGUGUGAAAGCUGCAGGUGGAUAAAUCAUAGCCUUAAUGUUUGAAAUAUCAGGUCAUGUGAAUAGAGAUCUGGAAAACUGAUGUUUUCACAUUCGCUUUAUAAACCCGAUAUGCGGGGGUAGUGUAAUAUCAGUCAGUGUGGGUAUGUGAGCUUAAUAAACACCUGGUACAUUGAACAACACUGACGGGAAGAGGGCAAUAUUGAGAUAGACAAAACAGACAUUUCAGUCUUGAACUUGCUUUGACAACUUGGUUUAUAUAUCGUGGUAGUGUUCAAAAAUUAGUUUUUAUCAACCUAAAACAAUCCAAGUUUUGCCAAUCGUGUGGCAAUAACAAAGUGAUUAAGAGAAUUAUUUGCCUAGGCAACAAGAUAGCUCCCAGGAAGCAUUCCAAUUACAAUUUGUAUACACCAUUCCAAAUUCAUUUGAAAGCUACAAUAGGACGUUAGGACAAUCAAAUGCAGUAAUGUCAGCCUGGUUUGGGAAUACAGUAUGUUAAAAUUAAAUCUUCAUUCGUUGGUGAGAAAAACUUUGAAUAAAUGAUUACAAGCAUUUAAUGUCGAGUAAAAUGUACGAUAUAAAUAUUCUAGUUCCAUCAGCACUUCAGUAUAAUCUAUCAAGUAAACUUGAUAAAAAGGGAGGCUCGGGUUAGAAAAGUUUGGAUAAGUUAUGAGACGCUCGUCAACCCUCCCUUUGAUUAUUCUUCUUCGGAAAAAUUUCUUGUAAAUUUUUCAACCAAUUAGUUUUUAAUCAGUGCAUGAAAAAACCAUAGACAGUGUCAGGAAAUGGAUCCUUGUGCAUUUUUUUAAUAUACCCCCUUCAAAUGAAGAAUUUACAGAAAGUUAUAAGGACUCGAAACUCAGCUUUCUCUGCUGCCUUUGUUUUCAGGUUACACCUCAUUUCUCACGCUAUCCUGGGCACAAAAGGCACACCAGUGCACAAUUUGAUAGAAAACAAUACUGUGUUUCUUCUGAAAUGAUUUGAGAUGUUUAUUUGGUCCACAGAAAGGCACUGUGUAGCCAGCAUUGCUAAAGCAGAACCUAAACUCAGACCAGCCAUUGAAACUUGUGACAAUCAAAUGAGCGAGUUUGAUAUGCAAUCAGUACAUACACAAAAUGAAGUGUGUCGUAGAUUAUUCAUCAUCUAUGCAUGAAUACAGGGUUGGCCCUAUCAGGGUAAGCAAAUUCUCACAUGUACUGAACAUGUUCAAACUGGCAUUCCUGGCGUACUUCCCUUGUAUGAUCGUGCCGUUUUUGACACACCAAAAUGGCUCACUGAACUGAGAUUUUGUGGGAAUUCAUCAUCGUGCAGCUCUAAAAAAAAGUAGAUAAAGCAUCUCUCCUAUUGAAUAAAGUACUUUGCCCAUUGUUGUACGUGCAGUCCUGUCAAGAGAUUCCAAGAAAAACAAACUAAAUUAAGACUUGAACAGCCAGCUGACAAUAGAAAGUUCUUCAGAUGAUUGGUAAGACAUCUUUACUAGUAAUAAGGGAGUGUUGAGUUCAAGUCCCAAAAUACUGUUUAGUGAGUUGAAUAAGCGCCAAAUGUUACAUUCAGAAUAAUUUUCAUACAAGUUGACAAAGUUUGAAAAACCAUCUUUUGGAACCUAAGACAUCUUAUAAGCUGAUUUUUCCAUACACAUUUUCCACAGCUAUUCUAUUUACUGGUGUAGAAACUAUUUUACGAAGUUACAAAUAUUUUGGUUGCUUUUUUUUUUACGUGUUUAAAUACUGCAGUAGAUUUAGGGGUGGGCAAAGCAAGAAAGUAAAGCUUUUUAUUGCCUCAGUGUCGAUUCAGGAAAACAUGGUGAUUGCAAGAUUUAAACUUCAUACAUAUACAUCAUUAUUUCCAAUAACAAAACGUUAUAUAAUUACAAACACCCUGGACGUGAUAUCAAUCGGUAGCCACCAUCAGUGAUUAACCUUUUAACAAAUAAACACUGUCUUUGCAGACUCUCUUAA